AUGCCUCGGGACUUGAGUCUUACUAUGUCGGAUUUUGACCCCGAGCACGAAGCUCUGGCAUCGACACGCGAAUUCCACAUAGACGACGAGCCCGACUUCGCCAUCAACACCUCCACCAUCGACCGCGCCUUCCCCGAUUUCUCUCAAUUAUCGCCAUCGGACGAAGACGAAGUUCAAGCCGAGGACGAAUUCUCCGAUCACAGCUUGUCCAUGGAACUUGGCCGCGCCGCUGGCAAGCCUCGUCGCGUGGAUGACUCGCGCGACUCCAUCAUGAGCUUCGAAAACAGCGUUCGAUCUUCUUCACCCGCCGUGCGUGUUGAGUACCCGACUCCUCAGAAACAGCCUGUUCGCAGUAGCGCACGACGCGCUGUCAGCGAAAACCUACGCAAAGACGCCCAAUUGCGCCGGGCAACACAAGCUCAGAAUCAGAAGGAAGCGAUGAGCCCUCAAGUUUCCAAAUCCCAACAACGCGACCAGCGUCGUUCUCUGUCAGAUAUGCACGCCAAAGUGCGCGAAUCAUACGAUGGAUCCUUCCUGGGAGAUGAGCGACCCGUUCAAGCGCCGACCAACUCGCGAUCGACGCGUUUUGCUAACCCUAAUCACUCCCACGAGAUUGCUGAAGCCGUGGAGCGUGCGUCUCGCGAAGCUUACGCGAAGGAAAUGCGCAAAUCAAGUGGCCACAGUAAUGCAGGAACUCCCCGCAAGACCAGCUCGGCACAAGCUCAGCAGAAGCAGAACAACACCAUGGGCGACACCAUGACUCGCAACUCUUUCCUCCUUCCCGACCUCCCCAACAUUUCCGAACUUGUAUCUGGAGUCUAUGAAGACGGAACACCUGUCUUUCCCCGCCAAUCAAAACUCCGCUCUACCCGAUUUGUGUCUCCUCCCCACGACCAGACUGAUGUCUCGUUCACACGUCAGCACUUGCCUCUUGACGCUGUCCCCAUCCCGGACGACGAGAAGGCAUUGUUCGUGAACCUGCGACUGUUGCAGGAUAAGGUUGCUGAACUAUCAAUGUUCAAAUCCGAUGCGGAGAAACGACUGGAGAACUACCGUGUCGAAAAUGCCGCUCUUAAGGCGAACCGAUCUCGACACUCGGACAAAUACGAGGCCGAUGAAGGCGAUUAUAAGAAGGGCUCGAAGCGAUCUGCCCAUGAGAACCAGAAGCUCGAAGCAGCCAAUGUGGCGUUACAAAAUCAGCUCGACAUCGCCGAUCGAAAGGCACAAGUGCAGGAGGCCGCGGUCAAGCGUAUGAACCAAGAGCGCGAAUCGGCUAUCUCACAGCUUGGCGUUGCCUACCUCGAGACUCGCGAACUCAAAGUUGAAAACGAAGGCUUGCGACAAGAGAACAUGGACCUCAAGUCUCAACUAUCUCGAUUUUCCUCAGGCAAGACCCGGGAGCAGGAUACCGGGGACUCGGAAGCCCUCUCGAGCACAUCUGAGGUUGACGAUAGCCAAGUAUACACAGAGCGCAGUGGUGAUAUGAGUCGCAGCACUCGCGAUUUGACUUCCCGCAGUGCACGAUCUAACCCCAAGGGCAGGCGUCAAGAUGACUCUCGUGCGAAGAUCUCGACCCAAGUCGACAAGGAGAUUCACCGUCUAGAGAGGGAACGGGCUGAGGAGGAGCUCUUCUCUAUCAACGUGCCAACCCCCAAGCGCACAUCCGGAUCUAAGAAGUAUCGAUCAGAUGCUCCUCGCGUGUCCGAGUCCAAGAGCUCCAGGAAACAGCCCAAUACCAGCAAGCAACGUGUCAAGCGGGUCAUUCUGGAAGACGUGAGCGAACCGUUGGAGGCAACCGAACAGAGCAGGGCGCCAUCCGACGUUGAUGAGCUGACCUUGCUGAGUGUCAUUGACGAGAAUGAGAUCUCUCGACUCCGGAGAACACUCGAGGAAGAGAGAUUGCAGCGCAAGCAGCGUCGUUCAAGUAUCCCGAAGGACUUGACAGCAAAUGAGACAGCCAACUCGACUCGCCAGAGUAUCCUCAAGACAUCUCUUCCCCGCAAAUCUUCUCUUCGCGAACCCAAGCCCUCCAUCCCUCGACCUGCAUCGGCGACUGGCGAUAUUACUUCCCGAUCAGUAGCGACAACUGAAGGUGAUGAUAGCCUGGUCGUUCCUACCGCCGAACGCCAUCGCCGCCACUCCGACCAUUCUGUUGCUUCCGUGGCAUCGCGCAAGAAGCGUGCGCCGAAGGAAGACAUGACAUCUGCCUUUAUUCUUCCCGACAUCACAAUGAGCCAUGCAAACUUUGCUGCCAGCAACCCAUCCCGCCUCCCCGAGUCGGCCCAACGAGCCCUUGACGACAUCGCCCAGCACAACGGCAAGAACUGCACAGUUUGUAAAAAUGUUCUGCCCAACGAUGGCCAGUGUGAUCAUGAGCCCAUCAAUGUUCCCCAGCCCGUUCCGGUGUCUGAGCGCAUGCCCGAGCCAUCUGUGCAUAACCCCGAACCUACCAUUCGGCCGUCCCAGCCACCAGCCGUGGCUCUCGCCAAUGUGCUGAAGGCUCUGGAAGACGAGCUCUCCCAUCUCAAGAUGCAGCUUGCCGGAUACCAAAGUGCAUACAACAAGCUAGACGCAUCUAUGGCCAAGCGCCAGCGCAAGUCGCUAAUGGAGAAGGUCGAGACCUUGAUGAGAGAAAUUGAUCAGAAAUCCGACCAGAUAUACGCCCUCUACGACGUCUUGGAAGACCACAAGACUGGCAACCAUAUUACAGAGCAAGAGAUGGAGCAGACUCUUGAGUCGAUUGGUAUUGAUGUGACCAAAUCGGUGGAUUUGGAUGUGGAAGGAGAAUCUGAGCUUCCUUGGGAAGGUAUUGAGAGCACUGCCGAGCUGACUGGUCGGGCAUAG